CCGGAAGUGAAAUGCUCAAACGAUCUGUGAAACGGUGCAAAAAAAAUAUACAAAAUGAUGCAGCUUCAUUUCACCAAAGAUGUUCUUCCCGAUUCUGUCAGCUCGGAUUUCCAGAAUCUGAAUAAAUUCAGCGAACAGCAAUUUUUGUGCCUCAUUGAAAUUCUGUUCCAGUUUCUGCUGGAACCUAAAGAGGCGGAGAGGUUCGUGCAGCAGCUCAGUGAGUUUGCAGGGAAAAAUGGGAUGAGUGGUGGUCCUCUGAAGAACCUAAUGAAAAGUAUUCUCUUGGUGCCACAAGGAGCCUUGAAGAAGAAUCUGACACCUGAGCAGCUCAAAGAUGACCUCGUAAUACUGGGAUUGAAUGAGGACAAGGCAGCUCAUUUUGCACAACAGCAUGUCUUUUUCCUGGUUCUCUUCCUCGGCUCCAACAGGUCCCAGCGGAAGACUGCCUGGUUCUGCUGGAGGUUUCUUCCUGUUAGGGGGGAGUUUUUCCUUCCCACUGUCGCCGGGU